AAAAGUCGUGGCACUAAACUUCACAGAUCAGAUUCAGACCCAAGAAAAUAACAAACAACGUAGCUAGUAAGCGAGUGUAUGGUCGCCUACAGUUCUCCCAACGAGAAUCACUCAGUCCCACUUACGACACCAUGUUCCUGAGCCCGUGUCUCAGAAGUGCGGCCACGGCGUCCGUUCGAGCCGUCAAGCGACGCAAGAUGCUUCCCACCAAAGCCGCAUUGACCUUGACGCCCAAUGCCAUUGAAAGAGUGAAAGUCAUCGUGUCGGAGAAACCAAAUGCGAUUGGCCUAAAGAUCGGUGUUCGGCAACGCGGAUGUAAUGGAAUGAGUUAUGUGCUGGAUUAUGCCAUGGAAAAGGCCAAAUUUGACGAAGAGGUGGCCCAGGAUGGGGUCAAAAUAUUCAUCGAUAAGAAGGCUCAGCUCACGCUCUUGGGCACCGAGAUGGAUUAUCAAGAGACAAAACUGGCGUCUGAGUUUGUCUUCAACAAUCCCAACAUCACGGGCACCUGCGGCUGCGGCGAGAGCUUCUCCGUCUAACCGCAGGCUGCGCUCACUCAUUUAUCCUGGUCCCAGUUAUGUUAAGAUUCAUCCAGAUGUAGUUGUUGUCAACCAAAUCGUCCAAAUCUGAAUUGAAGAUUGGAUUGAUUUAGAUUUAGAAGCCGAGGAAUAAAGUACGAAAUUAGCA